CUGUACGGAGGGUGCCAAGUGGACUGGAGCCGAGCAGGGUGCGGAUCACUGGUGGGGUCUGCAAGUCAGAGAGCCUCCGAGGGAGGAGGCUCCGAGCAGAGUGCCAGCCUCAUUUUACCCUUCAGCGAACUCCCGGCAGCGCCCCAGGUCGUUCUGUCCCGCGAGGGAAACGGAGCCGUUGACCAUGGUUGCAACUGGCAGUUUGAGCAGUAAGAACCCUGGCAGCAUUUCAGAGUUGGUGGACCAUGGCUUCCACCCGCGGAGCCUGCUAAAUGAUUUUGACUACUGGGAUUAUGUUGUUCCUGAACCCAACCUCAGUGAGGUGGUAUUUGAGGAGACAACUUGCCAGAGCUUGGUUAAAAUGCUAGAGAACUGUCUGUCCAAAUCAAAGCAAACCAAACUGGGUUGUUCAAAAGUCCUUGUCCCUGAGAAGCUGACCCAGAGAAUUGCUCAAGAUGUCCUUCGCCUCUCCUCCACGGAGCCCUGUGGCUUACGAGGUUGUGUCAUGCAUGUGAACAUGGAAGUUGAAAAUGUAUGUAUAAAGCUGGAUAGGAUUGUGUGUGACUCUAGUGUGGUGCCUACCUUUGAGCUCACACUGGUAUUUAAGCAGGAGAACUGCUCAUGGACCAGCCUCAGGGACUUUUUCUUUAGUCGAGGUCGCUUCUCAUCCAACCUCAGACGAACUAUGAUCCUGAGCCCAGGAUUUCGACUUGUUAAGAAAAAGCUUUACUCCUUGAUUGGAACAACAGUCAUUGAAGAGUGCUAAAUGGAAACAUUUAAAAAGGUCCUUUUUAUGAUUGGGUAAUAAAACUCAGCAACUGCUCAGUUACGGUCAUUGUAGUUUGCCCUGCCUGUUCUCAACAAGAAACCCCAAAUCAAGUUUAUCUUCUGUAUUUCAUAGUCACAGCAACCUGUUAUUUUGUGGCUUUUGAGAAAUGACCCCAGUGUCUGCAUUCUAUCACUCUUUUUUUUUUUUUUUAACAAAAUGGAAUGACAUGGAAUAAGGAAGGGAAGGGAGCAAUGCACUUUAGUUUUAUAUUUGACGCCACAAAGUUUUCCAUGUAGUCUUACUAAUGCACUAGUAAACCAACUUUGCUUAGUUUGAUUUUCAUACGGCUUUUUGUAAGUUUUCAGAUUGAUCCCAUCCAUUACAGAAUCUUAUGGAGUGAUGCUUAGUCCAUUGAAACUUCCAGAAGCCCACACCACCAAUUUCCUGCCUCUAUUCUAAUUUGAAGGGUUCUUAUACAAGAGAAUAGAAUUAAGUGGGUGAGUAUCAUUAAAACUAAACCCCAUGCAAGAGUGAAUAGAAGUAUCACCUGGAAAACAGAAUGCUUCUUCACUGUUUUAUGGCAUCCUCUCUGCUCUUCUGUUCUAAAGAGGUGAUAAAAGCUUGAGCUGCCAUUUUAGUAACCACAGUAUUGUUUUAAAUAACUUUAUGGUACAAUAUAAGCUCGGUUUUUCCAGUUCUCGAGUUGAAUGAUACCUUUAAACUAGAAAAAAAAGAAAAAUGUUAAACUGUUAUUUUACAUGUAGUUGAUUACUCUUCCAUUAUGUGAAUGCAUACAGGGAUAGGACACGAGUUCUCAAAUCUCAUCCCUUUCUCAUUCAUUUGAUAAACCGCCUCUUUUCCUGUUAAGUACGCUUAACCUCAUUACUCAGUGUCAUCUCACCCCUAGCCUCUCCUGGGAACUCAGGUAUCUCCCCAGUCCCCAGAUCUUCAAAAGCGAUAACUGCAGUCUACCACUUUUCACUAUUAAGAUGGGUCUAUUACAACAGACUAAAGAAUGAAAACCUGGCCUAGUUAACCAGUUCACCCACCCAGCUUUAUUCAGUCUCGGAUACCUGUCCCUUGGGAACAAUAAAGGCUUUAAUUUUUUCUUGCUCUUACUACCUAGAUCAUUAUCCUUUUUUUAUGCCAAUGAGAGAAUGUAGCCUCCACCCUGCAAUGUUCCUUUCUGCAAGCCCUUCACAUCCUUACUCUAGGUCAUGGAUGAGCUUACUCAGACCUGCCGCCCAAGCUAUUAGCUCCACUUGGCCUACGUGAGGGCGGUAGGGGCAGAUGGCUUCAUCCUAGUGCAACUCAAACGCAGGUAGAUCCUGUUACUAAUCCCUUAAGUGACCUAAAACGUCACUAUUUAAAUCAUAAAGCCAUCUCUAGGACUGGGCCCUGUAAGUCAACCCUGUUUUGCAUGUCUAUUAUUAGUUAGGGCUCUGAAGGCCCCUGUGAUUCUGUGGGCCGGGCUUCCCUGGCAUGGAUGUAGAACUGCUGUUGUUCCUUUUCCUCUAACAGUUGUCCUUGACUCUUUUGUCUUUUAUGCUCACCAAGUGGUAAUGAUGGCUUAUGGAGACUUAAUAUUUCUGUUAAAGGAAAUGAAAGUUUGUCUAUUUUUGACAAUAAAGCAUCAUAUAUUUUUAAUUCUUUUGUCCUCUUUAUCUUUUCUGUGUUUAUUCAAUGAUCACCCUAAAAUAUAUUGGACAAUAUUUGAGGCUGAUGACAAAACAUCUUUCCCUUUUGAGUGCUUUGCUUCAUAAUUUUUCAAAUACAAAAAUACAUUUUUAGAAAGACAAUCAUUUGAGCUCCUUUGGCAACCACCUUUAAAAAAAACCUCAUUAGGUAAAAAGGCUUUUUCUAUAGUUUUUCUAAUGACCAAAUACAAAUAUAUUAAAUUAUGAGAGCAGUAUACAUAUUUAUUUUUAUCAGAAUAUUCUAUUUGAACAACACAUCUUUCUAAUUUCGCUGUUAUUUAUCAAACUGAAUAUUUAAUCUUUUUUUACCUAUCUUAAAUUCUUGGUCAUAGCUCAGAUUUCUCUCGCUUCACACACUAAGACUUGCUAACUGUUGAGCACUGUUCUCGGUGCUUCACAUAAAUUCUCCCAUUCUUCACAAGAGCCCUAUGAAAUGGAACUACUGUCAUCUGAAUUUCAUAGAUAAAUGACCAGACACAGAGAGAUUAAAUAACCUUCCCAAAGUCAUUGAGUUAUGCAACAGAACCAGGGUAUGAAACCACCUGGAGGGACUGUGUUCCCCACGCUGCCUUGAAAGGUGCAAAGCAGCACAGAGACUAUUGCCAAAAGAGACCCAAAAGUCUGCGAAAACAAUGUCAGAAACGUUUGCCCCUAAGUUCAAAGAACGAUUAUUAAUGUUUUAUCAGAUAGGAAAAAGGAAGAAACUACAGUAUUGACAAUAUUUCCUAUUCAAUGGAGCAGAGCUGUGCUUAGAAUAAUAAGUCCAAAUAUUUAAAAGACAUGCAUUUCAAUCCUGGCAGCUUUUCAUGCUUAUCUUAUGCAAUUGGCCUAGUUACUGUUUCAUGUACCUUCCCCCCCCCCCAAAAAAUGUGAUCUGUGCCAUAGCUAUCUCAAUAAGGAGUAACCUGUUAACUAUGUUGACUACAGUACAUGACAGCCUCCUAAAAUAACAAGAUGUCUUAUUUUCCUCUGAUCAAUAGAAAGCAUUUUAUAGUAAUGGAUUCGACUUCCUGAGUCUGUUUCUCCAAUGAUGUAUAUCUUAAUUGGGGUCAGCUUCAUGUUACACUAUAGACAGUUCUUUCAUUUGCAUAGUGAAAGGAUGUACAAGUAUAAAAAUCUUAGGUCUAUUACAUUCAGUUUUCAAGGAUCUAUAUGGAUUUAAACAAGUGAUAAUGAAAACAAGAGUCCCAGGAAUGUUGGUGGCAUAUGAGAGAAGGAUAUAUGGUAAUGAGCUGGGAGGAGUAUCAUACAGAUAUUAAAAAUCCCUGACUCCAACCUAGACUCUGGCAUUGAUUUUGGACUCACAAAUCUCCACUGCUUCCUCUUUAUCUGCCACAUACACAAGGAGAGAGACUGAAGGAUCUCAUGGGUAACUUGGAGGCCAGGUGGGAAAGUGAUGGACAUGACUUCUGUCUACAUCCCAUAUAUUGUAGAACUCAGUCAUAUGGCCCCAUCCAGUUACAAGAGGGCCUGGGAAAUGUGGUUGAAAGUUGUACCUAUAAGGAAAUGAGCUUGAUGAACUCUUUCUGCCACACAGGAAGAGGCAAGUUAGUCUACAAACUAAUAGAGACCCCAGACACAUAUCUAUACAUAUAUGGAAGUUGACUUACAGCAGUUAGACCUUUAGAUAAAUGGGUA